AUGCCGUGGCACGGAGACAACUCAACAGCCGAUAAGAGUCAGCUGGCAGCAUACACACUCCAUCUGCGCAUAGGCCACCUCGAGCUGAACACAACACACAACACCCCCCCACGCGCACAUGUACACAAGGACACAUUCAAGGAUAUACAUGAAGAUAAAUUCGACGAGUCUGACGGAUUAGAUGAGAUUCAAUACUUGUUCGCACACUCCAACCCGCAAUCCCUUGUGGCUGUGGCAUGGGACGACAGCGUGCCUGUAGGCAUAGUCUUGCUGUCUGAAAUUGAUCGACUAAACUUCGAG